GGUAUCCAUGACAGCGGCGUUAUUGUUGCCAGUGGUUUAGCUAGUACUAGCAUUCAGUCCUCUCACAGCAAAAACAAACAAAUGUAUUAAAUAUGGUUAGUAUAGAACGCUUGUAGAUGGCUUGUGUGUGCCAUUAUAACAUUGCUAGAACAACGCUAGAACAUCAUUUUGCAACGUUGUUUGUGCCCUGUUGAUAUUUUGCAGGGAUGUUGUUCACGCUGGUUAGCUGAUAUUUUUAGCAUCUCAUGACACUAAACAGAGCAUUAGCAUUCUUUUGUCUGUUCAGUCGUGGAGUCAUCUUGUCAGAGGAACGUUGUGCCAGGAAUAUUAGACUUUUCCACAAGAUCCUCUGGAGCGGAGGCAGGGACGAGAAAUGAUGGAUUUAGCCGAUCAUAGAGCAGAGAUACAAGCCGGAGAAUGAUUUCACGAUACACCAGAAGACCCGUUUCGCAUAAGCUUGAAAUUCGUGGUUUGUCUCGAAGUAGCCUCGAUCACCACCCUCUCCCGGAAGAAGACAGCCAAAGUCCUCCGCGCUACCUCCAUGACCUCCAGGGAACUGGCUCUGCACACAACAGCUCACAGACCUCUGCAGCCUCAGGCCGCUCUGACUGCCCCACCAUCAUUCCUGUGGACUCGAACCAGUCCUGGUCAGGCAUCCACAGCUGCACAGGGACUGGCAUCUCUACAGAGAGGAGCUCUGUUUUCUCCUGGGGCUACGAUGAGUUUGACAAGGCAGCAUCACGGCAGGUGCAGCAAAUGUUUGAGGAGAUCGACAAAGAGCUGUAUGAGGGAAGAGGCAGCGGAUCAGGAAUUCUUCCCGGGUUGAAGGAGGAAUGCCAGCAGUGGACCAUGCGUUUUCCACAUCUCCGGAUCCUGGGGAAACAGCUUCUGCCUCCCACAGAUGAGGGUUUCCAGUGGUAUGCUACUCCAGAGGGAGUGACGCCUGCCGACAGCCCUUCAACUGGCAAAGAGAACAGUGUGAAGCCUAAAGAGAAAGACGAGGGCGAUGCAGAGUUGAACGUGCAGGGCAGAAGAGCCGCUCUUAACAGGUCCUCCUCAGCAGACUUCGAUGACCCUCCUCAUGACACUAGCAGCCUUAGAAGUCAAGAAACACCCCAGGAGAUUGAAGUAGAGGGUCUGAUGGAGGAAUUCCUGGCUUUUGAUUGCAGGGAUGUGGGUGAAUGGCAGGAAGAUUGCUCCGAGUGGGUCCAGAGGCACCACUGUCUACCUCCGGUCUCGCCGCACGGGGGUCGUCGUCGGGCAGUUCUUGACUUGCUGUUUGAGGAUGUGUGGCAGGAGGUGGUGGACUGGAUGAAAGAGUUGCUCCAAAGCUACUGGGAAUACUGCUCGUUUUUCUUGCCAGAUGAUGAAACCAUCUGUGGAAGUGUGAGCCGUGUGCAGCCAGAUUCCCAGGAUGCUUCACUGCUGCUGUCCACGCUAUCCACAAUGCUGCCCAAACUGGGUCAAAACCGGAUGCCUCCCCUUCCAGCUGGUCCACAGUACCAGAACACAGAGGCGAGGGGCUCAAAGCAAAAGUCCAGAUGGAAAUCCAAAAAGCAGAAAAGGCCUUCCACUACUUGUAGAGCGCCGGUUGGAGCGCCGGCUGCCCAGCACAACUUUAACGACCUCAUGGUGAUCCAGAGCAUUCCCCUGCAGCACAGGAAUCUGGGACAGAUGGACAGAAACCAGGACCAUGAGGAGCUUCCAUCUCACAGACUGGGCUCCAGUGCCGCUCCCUCCAACAAACUCCGACCCCGUCGAGCCCUGGAGCAGAGUUCUUCCUCGAUGUCUCGCACAGGACAGUCAGCACGACGCAGAAACCCUCCCCCUCGAAACCUGCUUCCUCUGGUUCCCACCUUCAGUCAGUCCAGCACAGGAGUUUCUCUGGAUGAAGUCAUCCGGGGCAAACGCCUACCUACAGCCAGUGACCGUCUGACGUCUCCCCUGUUGGCUCUGAGCCGAAACACCCUCCUACCCCCCAUUGGAAUGGCGGACUUAGAGUCCUCCCAUGCUGGGCGGCCUCCAAAACUCUCACAGCGUCAGAGAGGCCCUACCAGCCGCGCUCACAGUGCUAUAAACGACGAAGCUGGAGGUUUGAUUCCAAGGGAUCGACACCAGUUUCUAGACAUCUUUUCCCGCCCAAACACAACUCACACAUACAGGUCAGACACUCCGUACCAGCGUUCCUUCACCGUCCUGGACAACAUCGGGCUGGGGCGGGCAGCAAGAGGCUCGGUGGGCGCAGACUCUCUGGGAAUCGGCGUGACUGGCAUCAGUCUUGGCAUCAGCAGCUCAGCCUUCUUGGAUUCGUUUCCACACCACCCGCUGGGGCACCCGCCCAUCAAAGACGACAGCCAACCAGAGCCACAAGCUGCCGUCCCAGCUCCACUGGCGCCUGCUUCAGUUACAUAUCGGCCCCACAGCCGAGGAGGCAUCUCAUCCAGAGCCAGCAGACCCGGCCUCUGAUCUGCCAUCCGUCUGUCUUUCCACAGCACUCUAAGAUGCUUUUCCUAAGACAAAAAAGAAAAACGUUUUCUUUUUUACUUAGCAAUGAUCGGCUCAACUUUUGUCUAGAGGCCUAUAUUUUUCAAAAAUGAAGUGUGAAUAUAAUCUUUCUUUGGUGAACAUGUUAAACUAUAUGCAUUCUCUGUACAGUCCUUCCAGCAGUAUUUAACUAUGCAGGGAAUGGCUUCCCUCCAACAGCUAUAAAUUAAAAAACAAAAAUAAAAUGCAAACGCUUAUUUGAUGCUAUAUCUGAGGUUGGUAUCCAGCCUCCCAUCUGUGCAGAACAGCUCAUAAACUUUCCCCGAAAAAAGAGGAAUGUCCGAUUUUCUUCAAAUAGGGACGUAAAAGCUGCUGUCAAUUCUGCUCAAAUGCACCUACAAUGUAGGAAGUGUAAAUAAUGCUUUGGAAAUCAUUUGCCUGUACAGUCUUUUAUUGUACUUUUUUGGUAAACAAAACAAAAAUCAUCCAACUGGAUCAUGUAAUGAGUUAGAAAUUCAAUUGAAUCAGACAAUCUAUAGCUUCAAAAGGCAGUUUUCCACUUUGCAUUGUCUUUUAAUCUGAUUUUUACAAAAUAAAGGUUUAUGCAAUC